AUGAAACCAACAACGCAAAGCAAAAAGAGGUCGCUCCUCACCCUGGGCGCGGUCGCCGCCCUGGGUGCCCUCUGCCUGAACACAACCCCCGUCGAUGCCGCCGUCAUGGCCAUCGACUACGGUACCGACUGGUUCAAGGUCGCCCUCGUCAAGCCCGGCAUCCCCUUCGACAUCGUCCUCAACGCAGAAUCCAAGCGCAAGACCCAGUCGGCUAUCAACAUCCGCGGUGAUAACCGCGCCUUUGGCUCCGAGGCCCUCAGCUUGGCCACUCGCUUUCCCCAAGACUCAUACAUUGGACUGAAGAGAAUUUUGGGUCACGAUUAUGAGGACGACCACUGCGUCGAAUUCCGCAACACCUUCACCAACAACAUGAUCCGGGAUCCCGUCAGAGGCACAGCAACUUUCGAGACCACCUCAGGAAAUCAGUUCACCGUCGAGGAAUUGGUCGCCAUGCAGUUUGCGCUCGCCAAGCAGCAGGCUGAGGACACUGCCGGCGAGACCGUCAAGGAUGUUGUCAUCACUAUCCCUCCCUACUUCAACCAGUACGAGCGCCAGGCUGUUCUAGAUGCCGCAGAUCUGGCCGGUCUCCAUGUCCUGUCUCUCAUCAACGAUGAAUCUGCCGUUGCUCUGAACUAUGCCAUGACCAGAUCGUUCCCUCAGGAGCAAUGUCAUAUCUUCUUCGACAUGGGUGCAGGAAGCACUGCUGUCAGCUUAGCCUGUUUCCAGGACGUCAGUGUCAAGGAUGUCGGCAAGUUCUUCAAGACUGUUCAGCAGGUCGAGAUCAAGGCUGUUGGCUACGACCGCACCUUGGGAGGACACGAAUUCGACGUUCGCCUCCAAAAGUUCCUUGCCGCUAAAUUCCAGGAGGCCAAAGGUUCUAAGAUCAGCGGCCCCGUCAUCGAGAAUGAGCGCGCCAUGGCCAAGCUCCUCAAGGAGGCCAACCGUGUCAAGCAGAUCCUCAGUGCCAACACCGAGACGAUGGCUUCCGUCGAGAACUUGAUGGAUGAUAUUGAUUUCAAGAUCAAGGUAACACGCGCAGAGUUGGAGGACUUGGCCAAGGAUCUUCUUGACCGUGUUCGUGGACCCAUCGAUGCUGCCUUGACCGAGGCUAACAUGAAGUUGGACGACGUCCAGUCGUUGGUGUUGGUUGGAGGUGCUGUCCGUGUCCCCUCCAUCCAGGCCAACUUGGCUGCCAUUGUCGGAGAGGACAAGAUUGCCAAGAACGUCAACGGCGAUGAGGCUGCUGUCAUGGGCGCUGUCUUCCGUGCUGCCAGUCUGAGCAGGCAGUUCAAGGUCAAGGAGGUCCGCCUGAAGGAUGUCUCUCCCUUCCCCAUUGAGGUCAAGUACACUGGUGAGGCCAAGGAUGCCUCUACUCCUGGAAAGCCCUUCUUGACCCCCAUCUUCAACGAGCGUUCUACCCUCGGAACCCGCAAGAUCAUGAGCUUCAAGCGUGUCACCGAUUUCGGAUUCGAUCUUCAGUACGGCCAGGUCUCUGCCCCCCACGGUGCCGAGCUCUCAGGCCAGGAGAUUGCCCACGUGUCGUUGACGGGAUUGAGCGAGGCGAUCAACAAGUUCAAGGACAUCAGCGUCGCCACCCCCAAGGUCAAGGUCACCAUUGAGCUCUCCGAGUCUGGUAUUUUGAGCGUUCAGGAAGCCAUUGCGACCAUUGAGACCGACAGCUCCAAGAAGGCUUCUUUGGCCGAAAAGGUGAAGUCCUUCUUCGGAGGCAGCGAGAAGAACGACGAUGUCAAGGAGGCAGAGGCCAAGGAGACUGACGAAGAGCAGGAUGCAUCCGAACCCGCCAAGGAGCAGGAGAAGGCUGCUGAGGAGGCGAAGGAGAACAAGACUACCGAGGCCACUGCCAACAACACCGAUACCGCCGCCAAGAACGAGACCGUCCCUACCACCCAGACCGAGAAGAUUAUUUUGAAGAUCCAGACCGACUUUAAGGGUAUUGUUCCUUUGAACGCAGCCAACAAGAAGGAUUCCUUGACCAAGAUUCAGAGACUGGAUGCUUUGGAUGCCGCCAGGCGCGCCCAGGAGGAGGCCAGGAACUCGCUCGAAUCGUUCCUUUAUCGUGGCCGUGAGUUGUUGGACAAGGACGAGAUCAUUGAGGUCUCAACCGAGGAGGAGCGCGAGAAGCUGUCCAAGAGCUUGGCGCUCGCCUCGGAGUGGUUGGAGGACAACGAAGAUGCCGAGACACCCGAGUUCCAGACCCGUUUGAAGGAUCUUCGCAAGAUUGAGCGCCCCAUGUCGAUCCGUGCCGCCGAGCGUGUUUCCCGUCCCAAGGCUUUUACCUCUCUCCGUUCAUCCGUGACGAUGGCCCGCUCUGUAGGCGAGCAGUUGUUGACUGGCGAAGGCGCUUUCCAUGACCCAGCUGAUGUCCAAAAGUUGUACGAUGCCUGCGACGAAGUUUUGGCUUGGAUCGAUGAGAAGGAGGCUGCCCAGGCUGAGCUCCCUCUGUGGAAGGAUGGUGUGGUGUCGACACGCGAGAUUCAGUUGCGCGGAAACCCUGUUGAGCGGGAGAUGCACCGGCUGAUGAGCAAGAAGAAGCCCAAGGUCGUCAAGAAGAAGGAGGCCAACUCGACCGAGACCAAGGAGGAUGGCGAGGAGAACGGUGCCCCCAAGGGUGACAGCGAGACGACAGAGGAGCAGCAGCAGGAGCAAGCACAGGGGAAGCCAGCAGAAGGUGCCAGUGAGGAGUCUACGACGGAUGAGAAACAGCAGAAGGAGGAGAAGGCUGAGGAGGAGGCCGAGCCUGUCAAGCACAAGAAGGACGAGCUUUAG